AGAUAGCCGAAAGUUAACGUAAUCCAAAACUAAAAAACAAAAAGAAAAUCAAAAUCAGAUUCAGAUCUUAUAAAACACCCACUCACCCCCAAUCCAAACAAGCAUCAAUUUUCUCAGACAACACACACACAAAUUUCAAUUUACAAUUAUGAUCCGAACCAACGAUGAUGCUUCCUCGGCCUGGUCUUGGCACCAAGACAAGCUGUUCGAGCGAGCUUUGGUUAUGUUCUCCAACGACGAAUCGUCCGACCGGUGGGAAAAAAUCGCUGCCCAAGUUCCGGGGAAGUCGGCGGCGGAUGUUAGGAGACAUUACGAGGAUUUGGAGCAUGAUGUUUUGGAGAUUGAGUCAGGAAGAAUCGAGUUGCCGAGUUAUGAGGGUGAGUUGGAAUCAGCGAGUUGGGUUAACGAGUCAGGUAGGAGCCAAGUUUGGGUUGGAUCCAAAGGAAAGGAAAGGGAAAGGGAAAGCGAAAGAAGGAAAGGCGUCCCUUGGACCGAAGAAGAACACAGACUAUUUCUGAUUGGACUUCAAAAGUAUGGGAAAGGAGAUUGGAGGAGCAUAUCAAGAAACGCCGUCGUUUCAAGAACGCCAACUCAAGUAGCGAGCCAUGCACAGAAGUAUUUUCUUCGUCUCAACUCCGUCAAUGAGAAAAACAAGAAAAGGUCAAGCAUUCAUGAUUUGAAAAUGGGAGAUGAUAAUUCGAUGGACCCCCAAUCCAAGUUUUUCAAUGAACAAGGAAGCUCCUUUGUGAAUAAUCAUGGGUAUGAAUUCCCUUUGUUGUAACUUGUAUAGUUAGAUUACUUACACAAAACACAAACUUAAGAACUUGUAUGAAUACCCUUUCUUGUAACUUGUACAGUUUUAUAAAA